AUGCCCAAAUUACAAGAGACUGGCACAAAGGAUAUUAAAAAGAAAAAUAACCCAACGGAAUUCGCUGGACAAAAAGAGGGGGGGAAUCUCACCACUUUGGUAGAAUUCAUCCUGCUUGGCUUUGCUGAUGUUCCUGGCCUCCAGAAAUUUCUUUUUGGGAUGUUUUUGAUAAUCUAUAUGAUUAUCCUGAUUGGAAAUAGCCUCUUUAUCAUAAUAACCAAGGUGGACCCUUCCCUCCAGACCCCCAUAUAUUUUUCCCUUGGGAACUUUUCCUCCUUGGAAAUAUGUUAUGUGUCAGUCACUGUCCCUAGAUUGCUAGCAGACCUCUGUCGACAGAAUAGAAAUAUUUCCUUUCUGGCCUGUGCUACUCAAAUGUAUUUCUUUCUGGUCUUGGGGGCCACCAAGUGCUUCAUUCUGACUGCAAUGGCUUAUGACAGGUAUGUGGCCAUUUGUAACUCAUUACUCUACCCUCUCAUCAUGAACACCCGACUGUGUAUCCAAUCGGCAGCUGGCUGUUGGAUCAGUGGAAUUCCAGUACACAUAGGGUUCACCUAUCUGAUCUUCUCUCUACCCUUCUGUGGACAUAACCAGCUAGAUCACUUUUUCUGUGACAUACCUCCAGCGCUUAAACUAGCCUGUGGCAACACAUUUAUGAUUGAGAUGUUGAUUUAUGUGGUUGCUGUUCUAGUUGUCACUAUACCUUUUAUGUUGAUAAGUUGGUCUUAUGUCCAAAUAAUCUCAACCAUCCUGAAGCUGCCAUCAGCAACAGGGCGAGCCAAGGCCUUCUCCACUUGUUCUUCCCACCUUAUGGUGGUGGCUUUGUUCUUUGGAUCAGGCAUCAUUACAUACAUGAGACCAAAGUCUAGUCAUUCAGUAGGAGUGGACAAACGCCUUUCUCUUUUUUACACCAUUGUGACACCUAUGUUUAACCCUAUGGUAUAUUGUUUGAGGAACAAAGACAUCAUGGUAGCAAUGAGAAAAUUUCUAUCAAAAUGGAUUGUGUUAUGA